UCAAUUUGACCCAUGUAUCAGGUCUUUGGAGUUUUGACACCGGCAAAUAGCAUUUUCAGAGUGGUUGGCAUUGCAGUGGAGCAGUUGGAAUUGCUUACACAAGUGAUAAGCCUUUUUGCAGAACUCUGAGAUAUUUGCUGUUUUUAAAGAUUUGUUCUUAAAUCAUGUCUAUGCUCAGCCAUUGCAGUGGCAAUAGGAAUAGCAUGGGAAGCCCUUUGUUCAAAGAGUUGAAGAAGCAGGCUUCUUUUUUCAUAAAGGAGAAGGUCAAGUCUGCACGCUUGGUUCUAACAGAUGUCACGCCUGCACAAUUAUUGACCGAGGAAGCGACGAAUGUGGAUCCGUGGGCGCCUGAUGCCCGAACUAUGGGUGAGAUUUCACAGGCUGCAUUCGAAGUGGAUAAUUACUGGAGAAUAGUCGAAAUCCUCCACAAUAGAUUUCAGAUAUUUGAUAGAAAGAACUGGAGACAAUCUUAUAAGGCUCUGGUUCUCUUGGAGCACCUGUUAACCCAUGGUCCAGAAAGCUUUGGUCUAGAGUUUCAGAGUGACAAAGAGGUUAUCCAGAAAAUGGGGAGCUUUCAGCACAUUGAUGAGAAAGGAUUCAAUUGGGGUCUAACAGUGAGGAAGAAAUCAGAGAGGGUAUUGAAUCUGCUCACUGAGAGGAACCUCCUCAAAGAAGAACGACAGAGGGCUCGGAAACUAACUCGAGGGAUUCAAGGGUUUGGGAGCUUUACUCCAAGGACCUCCCUUUCAGAAUUCGGAAGUUGCAGAGUCUUCGCUAUUGAAUCAUAUGGAAGGUGCAAGUCAUAUCACACCGAUAUCGAAGAUAAUGAAGAUAUGAGUUAUGGCUCCCAUUUAAGGUCAGAUUCUUCCAAAACCAACAGAGAACCAGCUUCAAAAACUUGUUCAUUGGACCAAAAGCCUAAAGUCUUUGGUUCAGUUUUAGAGGAUCAAAAUGAAGAAUCAAAUGCAUUACAAACUAGUGGUUAUGGGGGAGAAGUCAUGCUAGAAGAAACUGAAGCCAAAGAGAUAUCCACUUGUUUAAUGGAGAUGAACCUGAAGGAAGCUGCAAGCCCUGGAGAAUCAAGGCCACUGUUGGAUUAUGAGAAGGAGAAUAAAGUCAAUAUCAGAAUCAGAAGCUCCCAAAUUUGGAGAGAGGAAGAUCACCCAUUUAGCGAUGCUGAUCACCAGACUACUGCAAGGUUACUUUCUGUAGGUUAAAGAUAAAAAGAUCCAAGCAAUUUGACAUUUCAUCAAUUAUAGAGCAGAGUUUUCUAUCAUCAAAUGUUUGGUAAGUUAUAUUGUAGUAAGAGCAAGAGAAGUCCCAAAUCAUUGAUCAAAAUCAUGGUGUUUGAGAUUGCAGAUGUCUUAUCUGCAAAUAUAUGUGUGUGUGUCUGUAUGUAUGUGUGCAAGUUGAGAUAUGACAUGAAAUAUGUGAUAUUUACAAGUGGAAAAGGAGAAACCCAAGCAUAUAUGACAUGAAUUAUGUAUGA